GUAGCAGCCCCCACUCUCCGUGCACCUUCACUUUCCCUUUUCCCUUUCAGCCUUAUUGCGCCACUCGCACCUUGGCAAUCACCUCCAACCACGGCCAGCACCACUCCAUCUCCCUUCUCAACCCUUCACUAGAGCCUGCGCAACCCCUAUUCAACUCCGACCGCAGCUCCUCCACUGUGACCCGCAACACCACUAAACAGCCACCACGAUCCCCCCACAAUCACUCCCCCAAAUCGCCGAGCCACCACCACGACCAUCCCCAUCUCCAGCCCCUCUAA